CACGCUACCUGGCGGAACUUGUCCAGGUCAGCUUUCGUGGUACGUUACGCCGUUCUAUCUUCUGCUCGGUGAUUUCAACUACCAUGCCACCGAAGACGUAAAAUUUUUCUCUGAACGUCCCUUUUCCGGUUACACUGUAGCGCGUGUCAGCUGCAGGAUGAAGCAGAUCGUCACGAACCAAACAGUCAAGAUCCCUGAAGGAUUGACUGUCUCCGUGAAGUCACGGACAGUCACCGUUAAGGGACCACGAGGCGUUUUGAAGCGUUCUUUUAAACACUUGGCCCUCGAUAUUCGUAUGGUAAAUCCAAGGCUAUUGAAAGUCGAGAAAUGGUUCGGAACCAAAAAGGAGUUGGCUGCUGUACGCACGGUCUGCUCCCACAUUGAAAACAUGUUGAAGGGUGUUACCAAGGGAUAUCAGUAUAAAAUGCGUGCUGUAUACGCCCAUUUCCCCAUUAACUGUGUGACAACGGAAAACAACACCGUAAUUGAGAUCCGUAAUUUCCUUGGUGAAAAAUUCAUCCGCCGAGUCAAGAUGGCAAACGGUGUUACUGUCGCCAACUCAGCCAAGCAAAAGGAUGAACUAAUCCUAGAAGGAAAUUCUCUCGAAGACGUUUCCCGUUCCGCGGCAUUAAUCCAGCAAUCCACGACCGUAAAAAACAAGGAUAUCAGAAAGUUCUUGGACGGUCUUUAUGUUUCUGAGAAAACGACAGUUGUACAAGAUGACGAAUAAAAAUGUUUAACGCAUUGAA